AAGUAGACGAAUUUACUGGUUGGGACAUUAUGACAAGCAGAUGAUAGACCUUUCUCGAUCCUUCUCUUUCUCGCUCCCGUAUCUUUCUCUCCAAGCAAAGUACUAAGCAAAACCAGAGAGCGGGGGUGAGAGCCCAAAAUGAGUACUUCGUCUUCGUCUUCGUCUUCAUCUUCAUCUUCAUCUUCAUCACCUCAUCGUUCUCGUGGUCAUAGUAAAAAUAGUAGUGGUGAGGAGAGGCCUCGGUUCUUUGACUCAAAGGCGAAGAACAAGUGCUGGGCAAAUGCAGGGAUAGUCCCAGGAAGACACCCAGAAAGGUGGCGCAAGGACGCCGCCGGUAACAUCGUCUGCAAGCGCUUCUGCAACUGCCAAGGCUGCCUCUGCUUUGAGUACGACCACAUUGUCCCCUUCUCCAAAGGCGGUGAAUCUACAUAUGAUAAUUGUCAGAUACUUCAAACAAGGGUGAACAGAUAUAAAUCAGACAAAGACAAUGUAGAUCCAACUCAAUUGAAAGGUUACUCCUGUGAUGUCAAGUUUACUGAUAAGGAGCUUGAUAUAAUUGAAAUGGCUGUUUAUGGGGAUGUGAUCCGCCCUGGAAACCAAUGCCGUUGUAGAACUAUUGCCGAAAUGCUUGGCCAAAACAAGUCAAAGGACGACUUGGCUGCCUGCAAAUUGCCCUACAAUGAUGAAUCAUUACAGCAACCGACAUAAAAUCUGGUGACAGUACUCUGAUAAAGACGUCAAAGGGGUUAUCUAAACAUUUGUACCAUCUUGGCCAUUUUCUAAACAUUUUCAAAUAGAUCCCUGCUCAAUGGGGUAUCUUCUAUACUUUGAUUCACUGCAAUAUCUUAAUAUUGUUAUUAUUCUUGAA